GUUUUACUAUUGUUCUUGACUUGCUCCGAGGGGGGGGGUUAGCAACAUGCCUGAGCCCGCCAAGUCCGCCCCCGCUGCCAAGAAGGGCUCGAAAAAAGCUGUGACCAAAACCCAGAAAAAAGGCGACAAGAAGCGCAAGAAGAGCAGGAAGGAGAGCUACUCCAUCUACGUGUACAAGGUGCUGAAGCAGGUGCACCCGGACACCGGCAUCUCGUCCAAAGCCAUGGGCAUCAUGAACUCCUUCGUCAACGACAUCUUCGAGCGCAUCGCCGGGGAGGCGUCCCGCCUGGCGCACUACAACAAGCGCUCGACCAUCACGUCCCGGGAGAUCCAGACCGCCGUGCGCCUGCUGCUGCCCGGGGAGCUGGCCAAGCACGCCGUGUCCGAGGGCACCAAGGCUGUCACCAAGUACACCAGCUCCAAGUAAACGGGCUCGAGUCGCUUUGGACUAAAACCCAAAGGCUCUUUUAAGAGCCACCCAUAUUUUCAGUAAAGGAGCUUUAUUGC